GGGACUUAUCACUGCAUGGCCUCCAGGAAUGCUAUGAACCUACCUCCCGACAAAGCCAGGUUACUGAGGCAGUAUGACAAUGAGAAAAAAUGGGAGCUGAUCUGUGAUCAGGAACGAUUCCAGGUGAAGAACCCUCCUCAUACGUACAUUCAGAAGCUCAAAGGCUACCUGGAUCCAGCUGUAACCAGGAAGAAAUUCAGAAGGCGUGUUCAAGAGUCUACGCAAGUGCUAAGAGAACUGGAAAUUUCAUUAAGAACCAACCACAUUGGAUGGGUCAGAGAGUUUUUGAAUGAAGAAAACAAAGGCCUGGAUGUUCUUGUGGAGUAUCUAUCUUUUGCUCAGUAUGCAGUCACUUUUGACUUUGAAAGUGUGGAAAGUACCGUGGAGAGUACAGUGGACAAAUCAAAGCCCUGGAGCAGGUCCAUCGAGGACCUGCACAGAGGGACCAACCUGCCCUCCCCUGUGGGCAACAGUGUGUCCCGCUCUGGAAGACAUUCUGCGCUUCGAUAUAAUACUUUGCCAAGCAGAAGAACUCUGAAAAAUUCAAGAUUAGUGAGUAAGAAAGAUGAUGUUCAUGUCUGUAUCAUGUGUUUACGAGCCAUCAUGAAUUAUCAGUAUGGUUUCAACAUGGUCAUGUCUCAUCCACACGCUGUCAAUGAGAUUGCACUAAGUCUGAACAACAAGAAUCCCAGAACAAAAGCUCUUGUCUUGGAGCUGUUGGCAGCCGUUUGUCUUGUCAGAGGCGGGCAUGAAAUAAUUUUAUCAGCUUUUGAUAACUUCAAGGAGGUCUGCGGAGAAAAGCAGCGCUUUGAGAAGUUGAUGGAACAUUUCAGGAAUGAAGAUAAUAACAUAGAUUUUAUGGUGGCCUCUAUGCAGUUCAUUAAUAUUGUAGUCCAUUCGGUAGAAGACAUGAACUUCAGAGUUCAUCUCCAAUAUGAAUUUACCAAAUUAGGCCUGGAUGAAUACUUGGACAAGCUGAAACACACAGAGAGUGACAAGCUGCAAGUACAGAUUCAGGCUUACCUGGACAAUGUAUUUGAUGUGGGAGCUCUGUUGGAAGAUGCAGAAACCAAGAAUGCAGCCUUGGAGCGGGUGGAAGAACUGGAAGAAAACAUCUCUCAUUUGUCUGAAAAGCUGCAGGACACGGAGAAUGAAGCCAUGUCCAAGAUUGUGGAACUGGAAAAGCAACUCAUGCAGAGGAAUAAGGAACUGGAUGUUGUCCGGGAAAUCUACAAAGAUGCAAACACCCAAGUUCACACAUUGAGGAAGAUCGUCAAAGAAAAGGAAGAAGCCAUUCAAAGACAGUCUACCCUGGAAAAAAAGAUUCAUGAACUGGAGAAACAAGGGACCAUUAAAAUUCAGAAGAAAGGGGAUGGGGACAUUGCCAUACUGCCAGUUGUGGCCUCUGGAGCAUUGCCUGUGGGGUCAGAACUAGCAGUGGGUAGCUAUGCGGGACCAAUUACAGGGGCCACCUCCUCAGGACCCUCACUCCCUCUUCCCCCACCACUACCUCCGUCAUCAGACAUGCCUGAAGCAGCGCAAAACGGACCAGCAUCACCACCUGUGUCGCCGCCUCCUCCCCCACCACCUCCGCCCCCUCCCCCUCCCCCUCCCCCACCCCCACUCCCAGGUCCUGCAGCUGAGACUGUGCCAGCUCCUCCUCUACCACCACCCCCACCUCCCUCUGCACCCCCACUGCCUGGAACUUCUUCACCCACAGUAGUUUUCAACUCAGGAUUAGCAGCUGUGAAAAUUAAGAAACCAAUCAAGACGAAGUUCAGAAUGCCAGUGUUUAACUGGGUUGCUCUGAAGCCAAAUCAGAUCAAUGGCACAGUCUUCAAUGAAAUCGAUGAUGAGCGGAUCCUAGAGGAUUUAAAUGUGGACGAAUUUGAGGAAAUAUUCAAAACAAAAGCCCAAGGUCCUGCCAUUGAUCUUUCUUCAAGCAAGCAGAAAAUAACACAGAAGGGGUCAAGUAAAGUGACAUUAUUAGAAGCAAAUAGAGCCAAAAAUCUUGCCAUAACAUUAAGGAAAGCUGGAAAGUCUGCUGACGAGAUAUGUAAAGCUAUUCAUGUGUUUGACUUGAAGACCCUACCAGUUGACUUUGUUGAAUGUUUGAUGAGGUUCUUGCCAACUGAAAAUGAGGUGAAAGUGCUUCGGCUCUACGAGCGAGAGAGGAAACCCUUAGAGAACUUGUCAGAUGAGGACCGUUUCAUGAUGCAGUUCAGUAAGAUUGAGCGGCUCAUGCAGAAGAUGACCAUCAUGGCCUUCAUUGGGAACUUUGCAGAAAGCAUUCAGAUGCUGACCCCUCAACUUCAUGCAAUUAUAGCAGCAUCUGUCUCUAUCAAGUCAUCUCAGAAGCUCAAGAAAAUUCUGGAGAUCAUCUUGGCCCUCGGAAACUAUAUGAAUAGCAGCAAACGAGGAGCAGUUUAUGGUUUUAAACUUCAGAGUUUAGAUCUGCUCUUAGAUACAAAGUCAACAGACCGAAAGCAAACACUAUUGCACUAUAUAUCAAAUGUCGUAAAAGAAAAGUAUCAACAAGUUACCCUAUUUUAUAAUGAGCUUCAUUAUGUGGAAAAAGCUGCUGCAGUCUCCCUUGAAAAUGUUCUGCUGGAUGUCAAGGAGCUGCAGAGGGGAAUGGAUUUAACCAAGAGGGAAUAUACUAUGCAUGACCACAACACCCUGCUGAAAGAGUUCAUCCUUCACAAUGAGGGCAAGCUGAAGAAACUGCAGGAUGAUGCCAAGAUUGCUCAGGAUGCCUUUGAUGAUGUGGUGAAGUAUUUUGGCGAAAACCCCAAGACAACACCACCCUCUGUGUUCUUCCCUGUCUUUGUUCGAUUUGUGAAAGCCUACAAGCAAGCAGAAGAGGAAAAUGAGCUGAGGAAAAAGCAGGAACAAGCUCUCAUGGAAAAACUAUUGGAGCAAGAAGCCCUGAUGGAGCAGCAGGACCCAAAGUCUCCUUCCCAUAAAUCAAAGAGGCAGCAGCAAGAGUUAAUUGCGGAGUUAAGAAGACGACAAGUUAAAGAUAACAGACAUGUAUAUGAAGGAAAAGAUGGCGCCAUUGAAGACAUUAUCACAGAUCUUAGAAACCAACCAUAUAGACGGGCCGAUGCGGUGAGACGAAGUGUGAGGCGGCGCUUUGAUGAUCAGAACUUGCGUUCUGUUAAUGGUGCAGAAAUAACAAUGUGACCUUGAGACCAGCCUUCAAGAGAAGAGGGUGUACAUGAAAGUGCCGAUGUGAACUAUAUGUGCUACCAUUUAGCUGCAGCCUUCAAUACAAAUGAAAUACUCCUUAAGGGCUCAGAUUUAGUAAACACGUAAGAAUUUAAAGAUGGGUUCUUCUUUUAACCCCUGUUAACAAGUGCCUAAAAUUGGAAGUAACUUGCUCAGAUUAAUCAAAGCAAUAGGAUUUGACUUUUUACACCAGUAUGUUGCUCAGUUUUUUAACCAAAAUGUAAAUUUCAUAUUAAAUUCAUUAUUUGCCAUUGUGAUUGUCCCUUAUAUCCCAACCUGGUUUCCUGGUAACUUGUAAAUAACAGGGAUGUGUCUGCUAUGGGCUUCCUUUGCUGAGAAGUCUUCUAAGAAAUUGUGUGUUUGAGCCAUAUUCAUCAACUCUAUUUUUAAGGACUUGUAACAAGGGAGAAGGAAACUGGCACACAAUUAAGUCCUUUUAUCAUUAAACUCCAGCAAAGUAUAAACAGGAUGCAACUACAGUGCCACUAGAAGUCACUUAAGUCUGUUUUGUCACAUGUUGUUUCUGUACAAGGGUACCAUGAACAAAGGCAUUCCCUUUAUGACUGCAAGAUGGCCUAAAACAAUGAAUAGGCCUUAUUUGCAGAACUGUGUUCUUGAGUUAGAGGCAGCUUUUAAUAACACAAAUAUAAUCAUGAAUUAGCACUAAAAUUAACAUCUCAGUAAUCAGUAUUCUGAUAUCUGAGCACCAUUAUGGGUCAAUCCUUAAAAUAGAAAUUGGUGCCUUGUCAGGGAGAAUUUAACACAAACUCUAUCAGUAAGCAUUCAAGGUUACAAGUGUUAGUGUAAUGUUAGAAACCUGGCCUUAUUCUCUUCUGACAAUCAAAAGAUCUUUUUUCCAUUUGUAAAUUAAAUACUGAUACAGUUGACAUUAAGUUAUCAAGGCUGAAUUGCUUUGUGUAUUUCUCACUUAUCAGAAAUUCCAAUUAAACUGUACAAAAUUAACAUUGAAAUUAAGUUUAAAUUAUAUGUGAUAGGGUUAAAUGGUUAACUAAGUUACUAUUUUUACUUCCUCACUGGCAAGGCAUUUUGAUCCAAUCCAAAGUCAAAGACUGGACUGAAGCUCAGUUUGUAUUUCUCAUAACACAUAUUCUGCUUCUGGCUUACCUUGUUGGUACAUCAGUAUAUUAAUUGUAAAAAUUAUUGUAUAGUAUUUAACCACCAAAUUUUUUGUGUUCAUGUGAACCCCUUGGUGAAGGUCCCUUUUUCAUGGGUGUGUAGUUAUAUGAUCUUUUAAAAUGUACAGAUAUUUUGCUAUAAGAUUGGUGCAGUUUUUUAUGGUUUUUACACUUCUCUUUAAUUCCUACCUAAGCCUCUAGGUAAUACUGUAAAUAUUGUUUAAAAAUGCAUCAGCCUAUGCUACACAAUCUGAAUGUUACUUUAACUUAUAGUUUGUUUUUUAAAAUAUAUAUAUUUAACUACAAGGACAGUUUAAAAGUCAGUUACCACAUUUCACAGUAGUAUACUUAUUUACAGAUCCCUUUUAAACCUGCCGGCACAUUCACAUAUGUGUAGUUAAAAAAGAACAUGCCAAGAUUGUUGUCUUUUUGUUGAGUCAAUUAAUGAUGAAUAUAUUAAUAUAUUAACUUGAUCAUGGUAUCACACAAAUAUUUGGACCUUUUUUGUUUUUCAUACAAAUUAGCUGUUUUCCAAAGGGGUGCAUUUGCUAAAACAAAACAAAACAAAACAAAAAAAAGCCUAUUUCCCAGUGUACAAAUGGACAGUAAUGUUGGCAUAUUCUUCUGUUUGUCUAUUAAUGGGCCUGCUUCUUAGCAAUAUAGAAAUGUUUUAUAAAAGCAAUUCAUGUUACUUUUCUGGUCUUUUCAUGCCAUUUGAGCAAAUAAACUAUUUACACUACU